AUGCAGGAUGCAUCCAGUGCCCGGCGGGUCCAGAACGUGAACCGCAUCCAGACCCGGACGAAUCCGUGUAACAUCUGCAGAUUAAGGCAUCUGAAAUGUGAUUCCAACCGUUCGACCUGCUCCAACUGUCGCAAUUCCGGCGUCGAAUGUACGCGCGGUUAUUCUGUUCGCUUCAGACACACGCUAAACCCCAGUGUCAAACCAGAAAGAGGGACGGGAGCCGCCAAGAGCGAGUACAAUUUCGCCGAGAAUCAGACCUGGGUCCGGACUUGGAACCGAUCCUUCAGUUUUGUCGAUGAGACGGAAGAUGUAGUAAACAUCCACGCCUCCGGCCUUGGACCAAAUGGCGAAGGUGAUGGACAGCCCUAUUCCUAUCACGGAGCACCACGUCAAACCAACUCGCCGCCGGACUACCUAGCACUGUUGUCGGCGCCUUCCUCGCCGGGCCCGGAUUUGACUUCCCGAACUUCGGAUCCCACUUCCCGGGCGCCGGGACUGACGGGCCGGGCCUCACAUGGUGACUUGUACGGGGCGGAUAGGAGGCGCGCACGCCAACCACGGUCAAGACGAUUGACAAACUCGACCACAUCCGAUGCGCUCAAUCACUCGCCAAAAGUGCAAAACCAUGGUGGUGCAUCGACCCCGAGUGCGCACACCGGAACCUCUUCCAUAGUCAUACCAUGGGAACGACUAGAUCUGGGCACAGAAAUCACGGAAGAUUUUCCCAACAUUUAUCUCGCGCUCGAGCCUAUCGAGCCGAACUUCGACGACGCCCUUGCUCCCCAUGACCGAACCUACGUAGAGACGCCCCUGUGGCCUCUGCGGGACCGUCAAGAAGCGUUCUUGUACCGAUAUUUUGUCGACAGUCUGGCACCUUUGUUCGACUUGUGCGAUAGCGACAAACACUUUGCGAGAGUCGUGCCGAAGCGGGCAGUGUAUUGCCCGACGUUGCUGAACGCCAUGUUUUCGGCAUCUGCGAAGCGCCUGAGCCGUACAAUGGGCGUCGAUGCGGUUAUUGCAGAUAGAUACCACCAGAGGUGCCUUCGGUCGUUGAUCCCGGCUUUGUCGUCCUCCACGGCAGUGGUUGACGAUAACUUGCUCGCGGCUGUCGUAAUUCUCCGUUUCACCGAGGAAGUCGACAUUGGUUCCAUGACGCUCGAAUCCCAUUUGAUGGGGACCAGAAUCUUGCUGGCUGCCCAAGCAAAUGCCGCUGACUUUAGUAGUUUGCGACUCUCGGCAUUUUGGCUAGCGUUACGUCAAGAGAUUUACAUGGCGUUUGUCCAUACCCGGCCUGUACAUCCGAACUUCUUCCCCAGCAUCCGAAGGAUCCUGGAACGAAACAACGCGGACGAUGUUGCGGCAGAUUGCUUCUACGCCAACAAGGCCAUCGGUACCUGCGCGGCGUGCCUCAGCCACUGCUACGGCCAAGAGAAUCAUCAUGGGCGGACAUACGCGGAGCUGAAGCAGGACCUGGAUGACUGGUGGAAAGAGAAGCCGUGGUACUUUGAACCCAUGUGGGCGAACCAAGAAUCCGGUUUCUUGCCGGAAGAGCAGUACAUUACCGAUGCUGCUGUGACUGGGCUGCAACACUAUCACUUGUCGAGGAUGUUGCUGAUUGCACAUAACCCGAAAGUCCCGAGACUCGGAACCGCAUUCCGCGCGAUGGAGGAGGAGUUGAAACAGACCGUAAGGGUGAUUUGUGGUCUUGCAGUGGCGAAUGAAAGAACGGCUCCUGCAUAUGUAAAUGCUUGUUUGGCCAUAGCAAUGGCAGGCGACCGUUUUACCGACCGAAAAGAACAGGAAGUGUUGUACAGAAUUCUUUUGAAAACAGAUAGAAGACUUGGGUGGCCGACUCAUGCAGCACGAGCUCAGCUCAGAGAAGCUUGGGGGUGGGAAGGCGACUCCCCCUCCCCUCCGUCCAUGCCUAUCGCCGGCAUGCUAAACGCUAAUGCCCGUUCACGCGAGGCAGAGAGCUCACGAACUCAAAGCUGA